UCACAUUGUUUAUCAGCUCCCCAUGCCAAACCUUAUCACCACUUGGUUAUUCAAUUAUUACCUUAAGAAAUAUAGGUCCUAUUUUAUGCUACAGUAUUUAGUGGUGGAAGAAUAUUUUGAUUUGGGAUUUGGGAAUCGUUGCCAACCCCAUGUUGGGCAUUCUACAGACUGGAACCAAGAAGUGAAGGUGUAAAAUUACAACACAGUAGUUUUUGUAUUGAAGAUUCAUGUUUCCAAAAGGUGAAAGUGUCAACACAAACUAGUUUUUGUAUUCAAGGUUCUUGUUUGAAGACUUGGCUAGGAUGUCUACUGGCAGGGCUUUACAAUUCUUGGACCAAAGAGAUCUUGGAUGUUGUACCUAUAAAGAAGGAUUCACAGAGCCAAUGAAACCCAUGUGCCUCCAUAGUUACUCUCUUUGCUGUGAGGAAAGUUCAGUGGAAAGACACGUCUGCAAACUGAAAUGUCUAAAAUGUGAUCAAAAACACAAACAAAAAAAAGAAAAUUUUAAAAACCUCAUAGAAAAUGAAAAUCAAAGAACGUGCUCAAACUGUGAUAAUCAACCAAAAUACCACUGUUCUGAAUGUUUACUAUACUUAUGUUUACAAUGUUGCAAACACUACAAGAUAAUACCUUCACAGAAAGACCAUCCAUUAGAUAGGAAUGGAGGAUGUAGCAAAGAUGAUCACAACAAAUGUCCAAUUCACUGUACAAAUAUAUUGGAAUUUUACUGCUCAACUUGCAAGAAAUCAGCAUGUAAGCAAUGUGAACAUGUUCUUUGUUGUUUUAAAAAUAAACAUAACAUAACUGAAAUACAAACUAUUGUGGAGAAUUUUCACCAAACUGCUACUGAACUUACCAAAAAAGCUCAAAGCAAUAAACAAAAUUUGAAAAGAACACUUGAUUUAAUACCUACGGAUGUGUCUGAUUUUGAAUCUAAUGUAAAAUUAUGCAGAACAGCUAUUGAAGUAAAGGAGAAGACACUUAUCAAGAAGGUUGAAGAGAAAAGCCAAACAAUAAUCUCACAGCUUGAAGAUAUAUACAAAGGAAUAAAAGAAGACAUUAAUUUAAAACUCACUCAAGUAAAUAAUCUAAUGGUCACAAUCCACAGAAUUAUGAACAAACCAGAAGAAAUAGAUACACUUGGAUCCCAUAAGAUAAAAGCUAUUAGAGACAAGUUCCUAGAAAUAGAUGAUAAUAGUAUUAUUCCAAAGUUUAUUCUAUCUACCAAUACAAAUUUGGAAGAGUUGAUAAAUACUGAGGGCAUUGCUACAUUCGCAUAUAUUGACUGCACGUACAAGGUUGCUCAAGAUGAUGAAGCAAUUACUGUCACCAAAGGACAACCAUUUGUAGUAAAAGUAUCAAGUUUAGCAGACACAUGUCAGUUAAAAGCCACCCUAAAGAAUUCAUCAGAAAACACUGCCACUGAGAUAGAAUAUCAUGGAAGUGGAGAGUACAAAAUAACAGGUAGAUGCAAUGUGGAAGGUGAAUGGCAAAUGAAGAUCACUGUUGGGGAGAUGGAAAUCAAAGGAUCUCCAGUGAAUAUCAAGGUGGAAUCACUGGGACUUGUUCAUGUCAUUGGUGACAUAUCAGUAUACAAAAAAGAUCAAGAAGAAGGUAGAGCAACAGAUGUAGUGUUGGACACAAACGGAUACAUUUUAGUAUCAAGCUCCAGUGAUGAUAUAUUGAAGUUCAACCAAUCGGGAUUAUUUGUUGCUAGGAUACAGGUACCACAAAACGUGAGAGUCAAAAGAAUGCAUCAUAUGGAUGAUGGUCACUUGAUGUACAGUCCUGCCUAUGACAAUUGUGUUGUAAUGUGUGACAAUAAAUUUGAAGAAAUUCGCUCACUUGGUAAAGGAAUAUUAGAGUGUCCAAGUGGCUUGGCAGUAAACAAUGAAACUAGAGUACUAUAUGUAGCAGAUAAUGAUGCUAACUGUGUGUUUAAAUUUAAUGUUGAUGAUGGUAGACUACUAGGUAAAAUAGGUUCAAAAUGUAGUAUAGAAGGUCAAAUGAUAAAGCCAAUUGAUGUCACUUUAACUAAAGAAGGUAACGUGAUUGUUGCUGAGUUUGGAAAUCACAGAAUUCUAAUGUUUGAUGUAAAUGAUAAUUUUAUAGGAGUUGUAUGCCAUGAGUUUUGGCAUCCUAAUGGUGUAACCAUGGAUAUGUAUGAGAAUAUAAUAGUGGCAAGUGUUCAUAAACUAGAGCUAUUUGAUAAACAUGGUUUCUUCAUAAAAAGAAUAGAUCUUGAUGAUGAAUUAAUUUCAUCAUGUGGAAUCGCUGUAAUCUCAAAUAGACCAAGAAGAGUAGCAGUAGCAAACUACACCACAAACAAUGUUAAAAUUUUUAAUUACUAAAUUACAUUAAAAUUAAUUUGUAAAUACAGUAGUUUCAUAAUUCCCAGACAUAAAUCUGUCAACAGUUGAUGAAAAAAAAGAACAGAUAAAACUUGCCCUGUUACGCCAUUUAUUUACUAAAAAAAUAAUGGCCAGUGGUUGACCGUUUCAUCCACCAAAAUAUGAGGCCUAGCAUCAUGGCUUCAUAUGACAAAUUUGAACUUGGUUUUAUGACGUUUAUCAUUUCAAAGGUCACAAGAAUUCCAGCUUGACCAUGAUUUCCAAAGUCACAUUAUGUGGCCUAAUAAAUGAUGCUUAAGCCUGGUUUCUUAUUGUAAUCGUAUUGUGUGUAAAGCAGUUCCUGACGCAAUCAGGCAGACUCUCCAUUUUGACCGAUCAAUCAGCAUCACUGAAAGCUGUCAGCAAUAGCAUGUACGUAGCUAUUGUAUGGAAAAAAGCCUUACAUUUAUUUGAACAUUAAAAGCCUUGAAAUCUUCAGUAACAUACAAAGGUAGAGGAUUUUAAGCAGCUACUGUGAAGAAUUCAAUUUAUGAAUGUUUCUAUACAAUAAAUGAUUAUUGUAGUAUGAGUUAUAUUUCCAAAUAAGAAAGUAUAAUACAUACUCCAUGUACUGAAAUGCACGCCAUCGUGUUGGGAUUCAAUAUUUCGACAUCAAUUAUGUCAUCAUCAGGAAUGUUAUCUUUCCAAUUGACAGGAAAGUUUCCUGUAGAUUGGUAUUUUUAUGCCUUUAUAUAGAACACAAUAGUUAAUAUGGUGCCAACUAUUGUACUUUAUUGAAUUAAAUCCACUUCCUUCUCAGAUUUCCUCCUUUGAUACUAACAGAAAAUUGAAUGGUGCUCAUUCAAUUAUGCAUAGAUUUUUAUAAAUUAAGCUUUCACCUGCAACAUGGUGUUGAAACAUAAUAGAUAAAAACAGGUAAAUCCUGAUAUUGUAGUGAAUUAGUAGAGUCUACUCCACACAUAUUCAGGGAAUGGGAUAUUCCAGGAGAUAUACCUAACUGGUUUUUUAGUGGAAAUAUGAGGAGAAACAUGUCAGGUUCACACAAAAGCCCUAGUAUCCGGAUCGGAAGCUAACCGUUAGCGCUAACGAUUAGCAACUAAUUGUGAACAUCCGAUCAGUUAGUGCUAACCAUUAUCAUGAUCCAGAUAUGCUAAUUGUUAGUGAUCGCUAUCAGUUAUCAUGUUCAGAGCAUUUAUAUCAUUGACCAAUCACACGUACAUGUUUCCAAUUUUCUAUUGGCAGUGAUUCGAUCAUCAUCUUCUUGGUAUUUGGAUCAGGGAUUGCCUGGAACAGCUGCUAACGGUUAGCAGGAUGCGGAUACUAGGGUUCUUGUGUUAAUAUUUCUGUAGGCCUACACACAGGAUCAACUGUAUUUCUGUGUCAAAUACUGCUCUUAGAGCGAUAACCCUAAUCACAUUAUGUAUAAUUAACUCGUAUGUACAAUAGUAUUCCUCUUAGGCUAAGUUCACACACAGCAGUUAACGGAACAAACUCCCAACAAGACAUCCCAAAUACAUCUCCAAACACUUUGUCUGAACUUAUAUCAUUUAUUUUUAUUUCAUUUUGAAUAAUAAAAUAACUGACUGCAUUUUUCCCUUGCCUUUUGUUUUUCACAGGCUGGCAUUUACUUUUUGGGGCCAUUGUCUCUAUUACAAUUCCUGAGCAACCGGUCGUCUGUGGCAGGGUAAAUGUGUUUUAAGUUCCUUUGUUCAAGUCACCUAUUGUAGGCAGAGGUCCGGGAGUGCACCAGGGUGGUAAUGGAUGGUGACCCCAAAGAGUAUUUGCGUCUUUAUUUUGCUUGUCUACAGAUCCAUGUCAGUUUAAAUAAAUAAUUUUAAAAUGAAUAAAUAAAUACAAAAAAUAAAAUAAAUAAAUAAGAAAAAAAAAUGCAGAAAUGAAGCUACACUUUGCAGAUUAAAAACGGUGCCGCAAGCACCUCUUUGUAA